CUGUAGCCUUCGCGCCCCACUGACGGUCAGCACCGCGGAUUAGCCACCACGAGUCUGAGAAGAAAAAAAUCUUCCUGCCGGCACAGAAGAGCAAAUAGUCGAAGUUCUGCAAAUCGCAGGAAGCUUUAGGAUAAUUACCGGAUAAUCCACUGAUUGUGGCCGUGUACACACAGGGAGCUUGGGAGAGGAGCGCACACAGGCAGCUUACUGUAGUCUGCAGGAAAGAGGAGCGGGAGAUGAACGCCGCCAUGCUCUGGCUCACCACCCUCGGCCUGCUGGCCCUCGCCGCCCGCCACACGGCUGCCCUCUUCCUGCCCGACUCCCCGGAGCUGCAGCGCCUGCUGAGCCGGUACCAGGACGAGCCGGACCAGAACCGCACGGGGAACGCGGCGCACGGCCGGGCCCGGCGGGCCAUCCAGUGGUCCGACAGAGAGGAGAUCCUACAGCUGCACAACAAACUUAGGGGCGGGGUCUACCCCUCUGCCGCCAACAUGGAGUACAUGGUGUGGGAUGACGAGUUGGAGCGGUCAGCCACGCUCUGGGCGGAGGAAUGCCUGUGGGAGCACGGGCCCCAGGAUCUGCUCAUGUCCAUUGGACAGAACCUGGCCGUACACUGGGGCAGGUACCGCUCUCCUGCAUACCAUGUCCAGGCCUGGUACGACGAGGUGAAGGACUACACCUACCCCUACCCACACGAGUGCAACCCCUGGUGUCCUGAGCGUUGCUCAGGGCCUAUGUGUACCCACUACACCCAGCUGGUCUGGGCCACCACCAGCAGAGUGGGGUGCGCUGUGCAUGUGUGCCCCAGCAUGAACGUCUGGGGAGAGAUCUGGCAGAACGCCGUAUACCUCGUCUGCAACUACUCGCCCAAGGGGAACUGGAUCGGAGAGGCGCCAUACCAGCAUGGACGUCCCUGCUCCAAGUGCCCACCAAGCUACGGAGGACAGUGCAGGGAAAACCUAUGCUACAAAGGAGACUCACAGACUCCUCAGCGGCCCGAGACAGAAGACAUGAACGAGGUGGAGAAGCCCCAGGUACCGGUCAGACCCCCAACAACGACGACUGCCAAACCUGCCCCCAAACCCAAGCCAGCUACACCCAAGAAGCCAUCUACACCUAAGAAGCCCCCAACAACCAAGAAGCCUCCUACAACCAAGCAGCCCCGAACAUCCAAGCCUGCUGGCAGUAGCUUCCUUGCUCGCAAUAUUAAGUGCGAGACCAAGAUGCGUGACAUGUGCAGAGGAGCCACCUGCAACAGGUACAACUGUCCUGCUAACUGUCUGAACAACAAGGGCAAAUUGUGGGGCACACUCUUUUACGACGUGCAAUCAAGUAUCUGCCGCGCUGCAAUGCAUUAUGGGGUGAUUGACAACAACGGAGGUCUGGUCGACAUCACCAGGAAAGACAAGCUCCCAUUCUUUGUCAAGUCAACGAAGAAUGGAAUUGAGUCUUUCAGUAAAUUCAAACCUGGGAAUGCGUUUGUGGUGGCGAGAGUGGAAAAGAUGUCGGCAGACUGCUAUGCCACAGUGGCAGAGAUCUGCCCCUUCAGGAAGCCACAGACACACUGCCCAAGAGUGUUCUGUCCCGCCAACUGCAAGAGCCAGCCCUCGUACUGGGCCCCAGUGGUGGGGAACGGCAUCUAUACAGACAGCUCCAGUAUCUGCCGGGCAGCCAUUCACGCUGGAGUGAUCAAAGCCACCGGGGGCUACGUGGACGUCCUGGCCCUGGAUAAGAGGAAGAGCUACGUGGGAACCCUGAAGAACGGCAUCCAGUCCGAGAGUAAGAGCAAUACAGAGGGGGGUUCGUUCCGCCUUUUCAAAGUGAGGGAGUGAGACGUCUGGCACACACUCCGGUCCCAGGAACACACAGGGUCUCCCCAUCUGCUCUCCAAGGACAGGAAGUGCCCACAGGUCAGCGCCAUGGCAGUGACUCGGACCACCCCAUCCCGUCCAAGGAGGGGUCCGCGCGCUCUGUACCGAUC